CUAGCAUAUGAUAAUUAGUUACUUGUCAAAAGGGGAAGGAAAAAAAAAGGUAAUGAGGUGAAGCCGCAAAAAAGAAAGCAUAAAAGCGAAGAGGAGAAACAACGGUAGCGGACAGCGCAACUCAGAUCAACAUCAUCAAAACCCAUUUACAUUUUCAUAUUUUUCCAUUCUCUUCUUAUAAUUAUUCUUCUGCGAGUGUCGAGUGUCAUCGAUUCAUUCUUUAUUUGAUUUAUCGAUACUAGUUUAGUGUUUGUUUGUGGGUGUUUCUUCCGCUACUGUGAAGAAGAUUCUUCCCGACACAUAUACUGCUUUUCUUUUCAAAGACAAGACUCAACCCAAUUUUCACACACAAGUUUCUGGGUUUUCUCUCUAAUCCGCAUUAGAAAAGUAAUCUUUGAGUGGAUUUUCCUUAUUUUGCAUUUUCAGCCCAAAAUUGCACUAGAAUGUCCCAUUUGUGGUUUUAAUUCUUUUUUUUUUUUUGAAAAAUCUAGAUUUCUUUUUCUGGGUUGUUCUAUUAAUGUGUUUCACCGCGAGAUUCGUUCCUGGAACUCGAAACCUUGAUUAAUUAUGAAGAUAAAGCUGCGGAAGUCUGUGAUUUUUUUGCUGUCGGUGACCGUUCUCGCCCCAAUUGUUCUAUACACUAACACUCUUGGAGCGUAUCUCGCUUCCUCUUCUUCCAGGAAUGAAUUUGUGGAAGAUGUUUCAACCUUUACAUUCGCUGGUGAAGUCAGACCAUUAAAUGUGCUACCUCAGGAGUCGUCUGCUGCGUUGAAAGAACCUCUGGGUGUAGUUUAUUCAGAAAAUUUAGCCGAUUCUGGUUCCAAAGGCUCUAGUGUUUCAUCCGGAGAAAAUGCUCAUAUCACUAGACAACUCGCCGAAGAGGAUGGAAUUUCAAGUUUAUCCAACUUGAGCAGUGGUCAGAAUACCAUAAGGCAGGUGAUUGAUCAGGUGCAUGAGGUUGCGCUGGAGAAGAAGGAAGAAAACUCAAGGGAGGCUGAAUUGAUUGGGAAAGUAAAUGAGGUUGAACAAAAUAAAGCGAAGACAGAAAUUGGUUCCCGGCGUUCCAAGGCCAGAUCAGAAAGGCCAUCGGAAAGAAUAGCGGUUGUCAAAGAUAAUUCUAGAGAGGCUAGAACUGAAAAACAGAAUGAACAGAUAAUAAUGCCAGAUGCUCGUAUACGCCAGCUGAAGGAUCAACUCAUUCGAGCAAAACUUUAUCUUUCCCUCUCUGUGACUCGUACCAAUCCUCACUUUGUAAGGGACCUGCGCUUGCGUAUGAAAGAGGUUCUGAAAGUACUUGGAGAUGCCACCAAGGAUUCGGAGCUGCCAAAAAAUGCUUUAGAAAGGUUGAACGCAAUGGAGCAAACACUUUUGAGAGGCAAACAAUUAGAAGAUGAUUGUGCUGGCUCAGUAAAGAAACUUCGUGCCAUGCUACAUUCUGCUGAGGAGCAGCUUCGAGUCCAUAAGAAACAAAACUUGUUUUUGACGCAUUUAACUGCCAAGACAGUGCCUAAAGGGCUUCAUUGUCUUCCUCUGCGUCUUUCAACAGAGUAUUUUAUGCUGAACACAUCCCAACAGCAAUUCCAGAACGAAGAAAAACUUGAAGAUCCCCAGCUAUACCACUAUGCCUUGUUUUCAGAUAAUGUAUUGGCAGCAGCAGUGGUUGUGAACUCAACGAUAACCCACACAAAGGAUCCGUCGAAACAUGUCUUCCAUAUUGUGACUGAUAGGCUCAAUUUUGCUGCGAUGAGAAUGUGGUUUUUGGCAAAUCCUCCUGGCAAAGCAACCAUUCAGGUCCAGAAUAUUGAGGAGUUCACAUGGUUGAAUUCAAGUUACAGUCCAGUUCUUAGGCAGCUGGGUUCUCCCACCAUGAUUGAUUAUUACUUCAAGAAUCGCCACGGUGAAUCUGAUUCUAACAUUAAAUUUAGAAAUCCAAAGUACCUAUCGAUGAUGAAUCAUCUUCGCUUUUACCUUCCGGAGAUCUUCCCAAAGCUGGACAAGGUUUUAUUCUUAGAUGAUGAUAUUGUGGUGCAGAGAGAUCUUACUGGUCUAUGGUCUCUUAAUCUAAGGGGCAAAGUCAUUGGUGUGGUUGAGACAUGUGGAGAGAGCUUCCACCGGUUUGAUCGUUACCUCAAUUUUUCAAACCCACUUAUUUCAAAAACAUUUAGUCCUCGUGCUUGUGGUUGGGCAUUUGGAAUGAAUAUCUUCGAUCUGAACGAAUGGAAGAAGCAAAAUAUUACAGAAGUAUAUCACAAAUGGCAGAACCUGAAUCAUGACAGGCUGCUUUGGAAGCUGGGGACUUUGCCACCUGGUUUGAUAACCUUCUGGAAUCGCACUUUUGCUCUGGAGAAAUCUUGGCAUGUUCUGGGACUUGGUUAUAACCCAAAUGUAGGGCAGAGGGAUAUCGAGCGGGCAGCAGUUAUACAUUAUAAUGGCAACCUAAAGCCGUGGCUUGAGAUAGGCAUACCAAAGUUCCGAAACUAUUGGGCGAAAUUCGUGGACUAUGAUCAAGCAUAUUUGCGGGAGUGCAAUAUCACUCCUUAAGUUUGCUGUCGUCGAGGUAUGUGCUUCUGCCAUCCUGGUUUGACGAAGGCCGGAGCUGUUAGUAAUAUAUCUUGCUAGCGGAGCAUAGUCGUGUUAGAUAUAUGAUUCUCCACCAUUCAUUUUUCGCCUUGAUUGUUGCAAAUGUGCUUAAAAUGAACAUGUAUUGUAAAUGAUUGAGCACAGUCUUCCCCUCCCUCUUCCAAUCCCAAUUUAUAUUCAUUUUUUUGCUUGAGUU